AUGCCGGCCUCUGACUCCGCCGUGAUACGCCUCGUGGCCGGUGCCUUCGCAGCCAUUCCCAUCGGAUUCGGCAUUAAUGCAUUCGUGCGUCCCGACCAUGCAUUGAGCUUCUUCGAGUUUAAGAUACCGACUUCGCCUGCAGAGAGGGAUCUGGUGAACAGCUUGAUGGCGGUCUACGGUGCGAGAGAUGUUUUCAUGGGAGUGGCUUUGUUCUCCGCUCUUUUCUUCGGUCAUCCCAAGUCUGUCGGUUGGAUUAUGAUUGCGACCAGUGCGGUUGCGUAUGUCGAUGGGUUUGUCUGUUGGACACAUGGGAAGGGGGAGUGGAACCAUUGGGGGUAUGCGCCCAUUUUAACAGUGAUCGGGACGCUAUUUUUGGGUCUUUUUGAUAGGAGGUAG